GUAGCAUUCAACGAAGGCACACCCAACCUCCACGUUAUUGCCUAAUUCUAUUUUUUUCUCUCACUCUUACUCUAAACCUUCUACAUAUCCGUUCUUCUAUACAACCCCCACCCCCACUCCCCACCUCCUCUCUCCCGUUCCUUGCCUUUCCUUCUUCUAUUUCCCCCACUUCUUCUCCACACGAACACACACAGAGACCAUACCGUUCUUCCCCCACACCUCCUUUCCUUCCUUCCUCCUAGUUUGUCUCUUGCACCCACAACCCACAAGAUCUUUUUUAUUUAAAUAAGAAAGAAAGAAAAAAAAUGGCCGAUUACGCACCACCGCCUCCACUCAUUUACACUGCUUUCCGACUCGGCUUCCGUGUCGUCUCGCAUUUAUUUUUUCGAGAAAUUCAAACGACCGGUGCACACCUUGUUCCGACCGACGAUCCAUGCAUUUUCAUUGUCGGCCCUCAUGCCAAUCAGUUUAUUGACGGCGUCACCUUGCUUAGCCGGAAUCCUCGACAUUCUUAUGUGCUUAUGGCUUCCGUUUCGUAUAACCGACCUCUGAUCGGCCAUGUCGGCAAAUUCCUGAGUGCCAUUCCAGUAGUACGGCCUCAGGACAUAGUCCAUUUAGGCACUGGCAGAAUCACGUAUGAUCCAACAAACGACCCAUUCCAUAUCACUGGCCACAACACACGCUUCAGCAAAGAAUUGGGAGCACGCGACUUUAUUAUCUUUGGCCACAACCACAAGGGCCAUGUGGCACGCGUGACAUCCGACACGUCAAUCGAGAUCACGCACGCCAUCCCCAAUAUCUCCACAAUAACCGAAUUUGACGGUUUCAAAAUAGCACCGCAUGUGGAUCAAACGCCGGUCUACGACGAGGUCCAUUCAUACCUGAACAGAAACGAAUGUAUCACGGUGUUUCCCGAAGGCGGCAGCCACGACCGACCCGAAAUGUUACCGCUCAAGGCCGGCUUUGCGGUCAUGGCAUUGGGCGCCAUGGCAGAAAACCCAGACCUGAUCCAGAAACUCAAAAUCGUGCCUGUUGGAUUGAAUUAUUUCCAUCCUGACAGGUUCCGUUCACGCGCCGUGGUCUCGUUUGGCCUGCCCUUGACCGUGCAUCCAACAUUGGUGGAACAGUUUAAACGUGGUGGGAAAGAGAGACGGGAUGCAAUCACACAGUUGUUGGAUGAAAGCGACGAGGCGUUCAAGACGGUCACGACGAAUGCACCGGAUUAUGAUACGUUAAUGGUGAUUCAGGCUGCGCGUCGGUUGUAUAAUACAAAGAAGUUGACGUCGUUGCAACAGGUGGUCGAAUUGAAUCGUAAUUUUGUCGGUGGUUGGACACGGCUCAAUAAGGAGGAUCCUCGGCUGUUGGCAUUGACGCGGAAGGUCAAGUUGUAUAACGACACGUUGUCGUUCUUGGGUAUUCGCGAUCAUCAGGUGGACAAGUUGAAUAUCACCCCCGUGCGCGCUUCGUUGUUGUUGAUGCGACGAUUGCUAAAGCUCUUUGUCUUGGCUGGCCUUGGUGCUCCAGCACUGAUCUCCAACCUGCCACUCAUUUGGGCCACGAACACUAUCAGCAAGCGGAAACAAAAAGAGGCACUGGCGGGAUCCAUGGUUAAAAUCGCAGGCAAGGAUGUCUUGGCCACAUGGAAAAUCAUUGUCGCAGGCAUCGCUGCCCCUUUGCUGUAUGGGUUCUACGCCCUACUCUACUUUGGCUAUCUCAUCAAAGGGAAGCCCGAACUGACGAUGAAAACCAAAAUGAUGCGUGCGUGCAUGGCAUGGGCCGUGCAGCCUAUCUUGCAUUAUAUUUUGAUGCGAUUGGGUGAUCGUGGGAUUGACAUUUACAAGUCUAUCAAGCCAUUGUUUUUGGCUGUGCGUAAUCCUGAAGUGGGCCAAAUCCUGCGGGUCAUGCGCAAUGAUUUAUCAAGAGACAUUACGUCAUUUGUGCAUGAACAUCAGGAUAUAUUCUUCCCAAAGGUCAAGGGAAAGGAUGACGAGCAACAAGACGAGAACCGUAAGCCAGACUUGACGAAAAAGAAAAGCUUUAUUCAUCGAGGCAAGUAAAAGACAGGCGCGUUUUUUAUUGUAUAUAUAGCACUUUUGUUUCGUUUUUUAUAUGAAAAUGACCAAGAAUUUAACAACAUUUUCAUUAAGAGUAGUUGUCAGUCAUAUUGCUUCAUCCCCACAAGAGUUGCUUGGUCAGGCCUAGAAGAAGAAAAAGAUAGUUUCUAGACGAGACGCAUCAUGUAUCAUCAGUGACACUAUUCUUAGAUUUUCAUACAUCAUUAGAGAACAUCCACCCUAUAUUUAUAAUCUCUUUUUUUAUCACCAUCUCGCACACUCUUUCCUUUUUGAACACAUAAAAAAUAUACCAGGAUCAGUCAAUUUCUUACGUGAUUGAGUAUGUAACAAUGUGUUAUUAUCGCUACUACAGUACUACUAAUAAUACUACUACUGCUAGUCAAUACAUUCUUG